ACUGAAAUCAACGCGAAAAUAUUUCCCACUCCAAAAUGUACAUUUUUGUACUUAAUUUCAAAUCAAUGGUGAACUGCUGCGUGCCCCGAGACAAAAAAACAAAAAAAGCAAAAAAAAACAUUAAAAUUAAUUAGUUGUAAAGUGCAACUUAGUUAAGAUAUUAGAAUAUGUCUGAUCAACCUUUCAAUCUUUCUUCGCCGAUAUUUGAGUAAUGUGAUGUUUAUUUACAAAUUGAUUUCAGACUACUUUACAAUUUGUAUAUGUGUAAAUAAAAAGUAGAAUGCUUUCAGUAGCCACUCAGCUGUGAAAAUAUUCCUAUUUAUGUUUAGUUAGCCAUGACUGUUCAGAUAUAUGUACCAGCUAUGGAAAUGUUAGAAAAUCAUUUAUAUACACACUGCGAUAAGGAAAUAUUGAUAUAACUGCAAUGCUUCGAUAGUUUCAACAGCAAGCCAGAGGCAAUAAUAACAUACCCAUCACAAACACAUUCUGACAGCAUGGUCAGAUUAAAAACAUUUUUUACAUUAUUCAAAUUUCUUUUAAAUAAUCAUGAAAAAAGUUGACAGAUUUAAGAAAUUUUAAAAAGAGAAGGCGAGUUUUAGGAACAUUAAUGUCUUGAUUAUUUACUAAAUAUCUCUGAUUCCAGGAUAUCGUUGUAACUUUUUUUAAAACCGAUUCGUCUCGUCACGUUUGUGAUCAAUAAUCAGAUAGGGAACGUGUAGACCCGGUACGGACAGGUUCUAGUCAUUGAUGAUGAUGAUGACGUCGGUCAUGUAUUUAUGUUCAGUAUAAUUUUGAUGAAGUUCUUUAAUAUAAUAUGUUUUUAUUUUUAGGAUGAAUGGAAAGUCGUAAACGAAGCGUAACGAUUUUUUUAAAACUUAAAACGCAUAUGUAGACUCCAGACCGGUUGUUUUAGUAGAAUAAGUAAGUGUGAAUGAUUUCAUUUUUAUGAACUUUUUCAUUCGAGUAGCAUGUCCGAGGACGUAGACGCCAUGGCAAAAAGACGAAUGUCCAGUUUUACGGACAAGUCUGGAAUAGUACAGUUUGAGGACAUGGACGGGACUGGCCUUAUUUCUUGGAACAGAAGACGGGAGAGUAAAAGUAAUGAAGGGAAAACCGUGGAAACAUACGUAGAUAUUAAACCGUGUGAAAUGGUGGAGAGGAGCUACACGUCAUUCCCCGGGAAAAACAACUGGGUUCUGUCAAAACCUCCAAAAGAACCCCCAGUGGAUUACGAAGAAGAGGUAUCGAAUGAUGCGAAGUCAAAUGAAAUCAAACAGUCUGCGGUGGCACUGCUGUCUGGGUUUGCCGAAAGAACGUCCAUGGCUGGAGUUGCGUACAUCCAAACGUCCAUACAUUACGUGGCUAAAUUGAUCUGGGUAGUCCUCCUCCUAGCUGCUGUUGGUGCUAUGAUCUUCCAUCUUGUGUUUCUAUGCCAACAGUACUACUCGUGGCCAAAACAGACAAAGAUUACAUUAGAGUUUAGUAACCUUCCUCCACCCGCUAUCAGCAUCUGCAACACAAAUCCUAUCAAAAAGUCUGAACUGUCCCGCGCGUCUCAACAACUCCGAGAUUUGAUCCUAAAUACCAACCCAAGCAAAUACAAGGAUCAAGUACUGAAUAUUAUAUCCAGCGGAGAUAGCGAAGACGGAAAUAGUACGGAAGGUAUGAGAGGAAAUGGAAGUACUGAUAACGAAAGUGUAGGAUUUAGUACUACAGGAAGUACUACUACAGGAAGAAUUGGUGGAAGUACCGGAAGUGUAGUAGGUGGCACUACCACAACAAGUGCUUUAGGCAACGGGGGAGGAAAUGGUGAAACCGGAAGUGUAGGAGGCAGUACUACCGCAAGUAGUACUGUAGAUAACGGAGAAGGAAAUGGUGUUACCGGAAGUGCGGGAGUUGAUACUACCACAAGUGUUAAUGUUGGUAACGGAGGAGGAAGUGGUGUUACCGGAAGUGCGGGAGUUGAUACUACCACAAGUGUUAAUGUUGGUAACGGAGGAGGAAGUGGUGUUACCGGAAGUGUAGGAGUUAGUACAACCACAAGUAGUAGUGGGGGUAAAGGAGGAAAGGGUGGCAAUGGAGGAAGAGGAAGUGGUUCUAAAGGAGAUGGAACCAGAGGAUCCGGGGACAAUUCUACUGGAGAGACCAAAGACAGUUCUAAUCGAAGACGAAGGUUCGAGGAAGAUCUGGCAAUGCUGAACCUUACAAACAGAAAUGAUGAUCCUAUAGAUAUCGAUGAUGGAGACGAUCCCCUCGCGGCCCUGAUGUCGACCUUUAGACAACUUUACAUGAGGGAAUCAAGCAAGACCCGCUAUCGAAUGGGACACAGUCUCAAAACGAUGUUGAUCCAGUGUUCAGUAAACGGGAAACGAUGUGGAAGCAGGAACUUUACGUAUUUUUCGUCUGAGAACUAUGGGAACUGCUUUACUCUUCAACUAAACGAAUCUGUAAUCGACGAACCAGGAGUUGGCAGUGGUAUCGAGAUGAUCCUUUUCCUGGACACUCCUGAGUAUAUCCAUGGGAUCACGGACGGAUACGGAGCCCGGGUAGCGAUACACGAUCCAGGCACGAUCCCCCACCCCGCACAGGAGGGCUUCUUCGUACCGGCCGCCUUCGAAACGAGCAUUGGACUCAAAAUGGUGUCUGUAACAAGACUUGGGAAGCCAUUCGGAACCUGCACGGACCAGGACAAUUUCUCCCGGGAUUACGGAGUAAAGUACACAUUCGAGACUUGUCUCUGGAUGUGUAAGGCCAGACACGCGAUGAAGUCAUGUGACUGUUUGAACCCACGGACAUUUAACAACGUCAUGAGGACAAACAUCUCUACUAACGUAAAACUGUGUGACACCGACAAAGAGAAGAGAUGCGCCAGUAAGCUAGCCAAACAAUUUCGACUGAAAACCCUUACGUGUGAAUGUCCUCAAGCUUGCAAGGAGAAUAAGUACACGAAGUUCAUUAGUAGCCAUCAGUACCCGACCAACGAUUACGUGUACAUGUUAUUACAAGGCGUAUGUGAAGAAAACCAAGAGCGCUGUGUCCAACUGAGGGAGCAAAUAAAUGACCCACGUUUGUUGAGUCUAAACUUCCUAAAGCUUGCCAUUUAUUACGAAGACCUCAACUACGAACACAUAAAAGAAACUCCAGAAAUCGAGGACGCUCAGUUUCUGUCGGAUGUGGGCGGAGCAAUUGGAUUAUGGAUCGGACUGUCCUUACUCAGUUUGUUCGAAGUUCUUCAUCUCAUCGUAGAACUGGUGAACUUGUUACUGUUCAGAUCGUCAAUAGUGCGGCCACACAAACAAACACACCCUAAGAUGUAAUCUGUUGAUGGAUGGGGGUUGGAGGGGGAGGUGCAUUGUAAGAGGGGACAUUGUAAAGGGGUAGGGGUGUAUUG